GUUCCAGCGUAACUGUUCUGUAUUUCCUUCCGUAUUUGACGUGCACCAUUCCUCAACCCGACCACACCCAUGCCUUUCUUUUCGCUGGCGGCCGGGCUGCUCCGACAAAUACGGGAUAUCACCUGGCCCGCCGACAGGAUGCCUCCGGGCGAGGCAUACAGCAGCAGUCAGGGCCAGCGACACCAGCAACACCAAUUCCCCCAGGCCCAGGUGCAACAACACCAGCCGGUGCCGCAGCCGCGACCGUCUGGCCCGCCGGCCCCACAACCACUUUUACCGCACCCUCAAUAUGCGCCUCAACCGUAUGUGAACGGCAGCCAGCAGUACCAGCACCAACAGGUACAAUAUGCGCAUCCCCAAUACGCCCAGCAGCCCGCGCAGUUAUAUCCCAGGAGCGCUCUGCCCCCGCAGCCACGACACCACCAACAACACCAGCAUCUGCACCAGCAAUAUCCGCUCUACAAUGACACGUUCCUCCAACCCGCACCGCCUACCCAGCCCGCCUCCGCGCCCGCGGCCCCGCCCAUGUCUGCGCCGAUGUCUGCGCCCGUGCAGUUCGUCAACCCGUCGCACCUCCAGCAGGCCCCCGCUCCGAGACCUCCAAGCAAUGUCUUGCCGCCGCCGCAACCGCAACCGCAACCGGCGUCUGCGAUGAAGCCCCAGUUGCCGCGGGCGGAUCAGGGGCGCCAACCCAUGCCUGCGAAAGCAAGCCCCAAGAUGGAGGAAGGGCGGCCGCUGUCCCGUGGCACACCGAAACUGCUUGCGCGAGAACCGAGGCGGCCAAGCUCGAGCGCUGGAGUUACAAAGUCGCCUGCCACGCCGCAAGCCUCGUCCCACGUGGAAACGCUCCCGCUUCUGCUUUCCGUGGCAGAGGACUGCUUUGAAAAAGCUGCUGCGGCUGCUCAGCGGGUCGCGAGGUCCAUGACGGCAAGCGAGGUUGCGGAGCAUCACAAGCUGGUAGCCACGGGGUUGGGAUGUAUGAACGUCGCGCUGAAGUCGAACAAACUAUGGCCGCGGUUGGAGGCCAGGCUAUGUCUGCGAUAUGCCAGCGUACUGAUCGAGGAGACCACUAACAUCACGGAUGCCGAGACGACCUUGACAAGGGGGAUCUCGGUCUGUGAGACGCACCGCUUCCUCGACUUGAAAUACAGCUCGCAAUUUCUCCUGAUGAAGACACUCUUCCAGCGGAAUCCCAAGGCGGCUUUCAAGUCUAUUGAAAGUCACAUUGCCGACUGCACCACAUAUAAGCAUGUCCCUUGGAUUUACGCCUUCCGUUUCCUCAAAGCCGCGUUCCACCUCCAGUCCGGCACGGCCGCCGAUAACCACGCCAUCGAGAACCUUCGCAAGAUUGCCGGGAUUGCAAAUCAGCGCGGAGACAAGGCCAUCUUCAUCCUGGCCAUGUUGCUCGAAGGUCUGGCCCACCUCAGCACCAUGAAGGAGGAUUGGGCCACGCGCGUGCAGAUGUGCAUCGCCCAAGCAUCCAAGCUGCAGCUGGACGAGUCCGUCCGGACUCCCCAGACCGAUGUGCUGUUACUGCUGCUGGAUCUCGCCUGCAGUCUACAUCUGAAAACCCAUCAGAUAUCAGCACAGAAGCUUGGCGCCCUCCAGAGAAGGCUGGAGGAGCUAAAACAGGCGCCAGACUGGUCUCCGCAAUCGGGCGACGUGCUGUUGCCCGUGAACCGGAUGCAAAACACGCCGCAAAUUGUCAGCCACGACACGAGGGCUGUUUUGCGGCCCGGGACUAAUGGUGUCGACUACCUGGUGGUGUCAACAUUGGGGAAGCAGGAAGCUUGGGCGUUAGCUUAUGUACUCAACGGUAUUGUGGCGCAAUACAAAGCCUCGACUCCUGGUCGCAGCUCCGGCAUGUGGGCGGAGGCAGUAAGGUUAUUGGAAGAAAGCAAGCCUGUAUCAUCGCCACAAAGUCUUCCGCAGGCGCUCCAGCAAGCAAACUGGGCAAGAGAGCUUGUCUGCUAUGCACAACUUCUCACCGGACUCCAAGCCGCGACCUUGUCCGACUGGGCCAAGGUCAAGUCAUGCCUGGAGACUGUGCAAGACUGCGAGCCGCGGUCGGAGUUCCUGAGCGUCCUGACGCUGUACCUUGAAGGCGUGUUCUACCAAGGCACAGCAAAACUCGAACAGGCUGUCGAGAUCUGGAAGGACAAGAAGUUCGAAAUGGACUGGAGCGGAGCGCCCCGAGCCGGCCGCAGCCGUAUCGAAACGGAGCUCUCCAUCCUGGCGGCGCUCAACCGGCUGUGGAUCCUGCAGGAGCCCAAGCAAGCAGACGACGCCGAGACGGCCGAGCUCAUCGACCUGCUGCGCCCCAUCUGCGAGGACAACCCGGACCAGGAGAUCCGCACCGUCUACAACCUGGUGCUGUCAUCGAUCCGGACGAACCCGCCGCUGUCGAUCAACCAGGUCAAGCGGCACAUCCAACAGGCGCUGGCCGGCGCGCAGCAGACCAGCAACACGCACCACCUGUCGAUCGCGCUCAACAUCAUGCGCUGCAAGCUGUUCGAGAACGUGGUGGGCGAGCAGGCGCUCAAGAGCGCCAAGGCCGGCUCAGCCCAGGCCCGCAAGAGCGGCAACGUGCUGUGGAUGAGCGUCGCCGACGGCAUGCUCGCCCAGUCGCUCGAGAUGCAGGGCGCCCUGGCCGAGGCGAGGGCCGCGCACGCGGCCGGCGCCAGGUUGGCGAACGAGGCGUUUGCGAAGACCCAGGUGUGAGUGAGGGUGUGUGCUUGGGCGUGUGCUGGAGAUGUGCUGGAGAUGUGAUGUGUAUGCGGGGGUUCUGUUUGGCGCACGGGACUGGGGCCGGCAAUAUGCCCAGCCCAGGGGCAGGAGGAAGGGUUAAAAAGGAAUGUCGGCGUCUGCUUUGCGAUGUAUACCCUGUGAUAUUUGCCUGGCUGUAUUUUGUUGAGUCGCUACAUGGAGAUGAUAUCCGUGCAUUCUAAUCGAGUGGCUGAUUGUUGGUUGUUGGCGCUCAGGAGUCAUACACUAGCUCAGGGGUUACGCAGCCCCAG